AUGGGCCCUAAACACCUCUCUCACUCUAGAGAAUUUUGUUUGGAUUGGAAUAAAUGGGUGCCUACCAAAGUUAAUAUCUUUGCCUGGGGUGCUGAAAUGGAACGUCUCCCUACAUCCAUGGCUUUAUCUAAAAGGAACAUUCAGCUCCCUUCUCUCGAAUGCAACUUGUGUAACGCAGAGGAUGAAACCAUGGAGCAUCUUCUUACGACUUGCUACGUGGCCACUCGCAUCUGGCAAUGGGUUGCUGCCUGGUGUAAUAUCCCUUACAUUAUGGCCUUCUUGACUCGCGACCUAAUGGAAUACCACAUGUACACAAAUCUCAGCAAAGAUAAGAGCAAGGUGGUGCAUGCUGUACUUCUUACAGCUAGCUUGCUGGGGAUAUGGAGGGCCAGGAACAAUCUUGUUUUCUCUGCUAAACCGUUGCGAAUGGAGUGA